AACAUUCAAUACAAACUACAAAAUUCAAAACACACCAGCUCUCAGAGGGGGUAUAUGUGGGUGGGGGGUUUUUCUCACAGUCAAAGAAAUACAUAAUUAUACAAUAUUCGAAGACAAACGUUUUGUAUCCAUGGAAUGUAUUGUGAUUGUGGGUAUUAGAUAAACAGGAGACCUGAGUUCUAAGGUUAAAAAGACAUUGCCUCACGAUUCUGUAAUCACCCCCAAGGUCAAGAUAGUAGUGAUAGACUUGAACCAAUGUUUGUUGUUUGAGAACCCGUUGUGUUGUGUCAUCACCAGGCAUGAACAACAUGGCAGAAAGAGGAAGAGAACCACUUAUAGCUGUUAUAGAUGAAGGAACCUUAACAAUUAGAUUCGUUGUAUUCUCCUCGAAGACCAGACAGGAGCUGGUGUCACACAAGUUGGACGUGGUGCAGAAGUGUCCGCAGGAGGGUUGGGCCGAGGAAGACCCACAGGAGAUACUGUCAGCGAUACAGCAAUGUAUCGCGCGCGUUGUGGAACAGAUGCCUGCACUCGGGCUGCGGGUUACAGACAUCGUAGCUGUUGGCGUCACCAACCAACGCGAGACCACUCUGGUGUGGGACAAGGAGACAGGAGAGCCACUCUUUAAUGCAAUUCUAUGGUCUGACAUUAGGACAGCCGUGACUGUUGAUCAGAUCUUAGCCAAAUUACCUGACAACAACAAGAACUACUUUGUACCUAUCUGCGGUCUGCCCGUCUCACCGUACUUCAGUGCCAUCAAGCUGCGAUGGCUCAUAGACAAUAUCCCCUCCGUACGCAAGGCCAUCAGUGAACAGCGUUGUCUGUUUGGAACCAUUGACACGUGGAUUGUGUGGAAUUUGACGAGAACGGACCUGGGAGCUCUGCAUGUCACUGAUGUCACCAACGCUUCUCGCACGAUGCUGAUGAACUUGGACACUCUCAACUGGGAUCCUGUUAUAUGCAAACAUUUUAACAUUCCAAUGGAGAUACUGCCAACAAUACGGAGUUCCUCGGAAAUAUACGGCAAAAUAGCAUCUGGCCCUUUGAAAGGAGUCCCAAUUUCUGGGAUACUAGGUAACCAACACUCGGCCCUGGUUGGCCAACAGUGUCUGCACAUUGGACAGGCCAAGAACACGUAUCGAAGUGGCUGCUUCCUCCUGUACAACAUGGGCAAUAAGAAAGUGUACUCAACCCAUGGCUUACUGACGACUGUAGGCUACCAGCUGGGUCCCAACAGUCCAGUUACGUACGCCCUGGAGGGCUCGGUCGCUGUGGCAGGUACUGCCGUCCGCUUCCUGCGGGAUAAUCUCAACCUAAUGAAGGAUGUGUCAGAAGCCGAGGGACUAGCUAAGAGCGUUAAGACAACAGGAGAUGUUUACUUUGUUCCUGCAUUCUCCGGACUCUAUGCUCCUUACUGGCGGAAAGACGCAAGAGGAAUCAUAUGUGGGCUGACGCAGUAUACGACGAAGGCGCACAUAAUCCGAGCGGCAUUGGAAGCCAUAUGUUUCCAGACAAGAGAUAUCUUAGAGGCGAUGCACAAGGAUUGUGGGGUGCCGCUGACAAAAUUACAAGCAGAUGGGAUACUUACAAACAACAAGCUACUGAUGCAAUUACAAGCAGACAUUUGCGGCAUUCCCGUAGUUCUGUCAAGUGCCAAGGACGUGACGUCACUGGGUGUCGCAUUAGUAGCUGGACAUGCAAAAGGUAUCGAAUUGUGGGACUUGACCAAGGAAGAGGAAGAUGCAGAUCACAUCGGAGAUACUUUCUUGCCAGCUGCUUCAGCUCUAGAUCGGAACCUAAGGUACAAAAAGUGGAAAAUGGCUGUAGAAAGGAGUUUAGGCUGGGCAUCAACAAAGAAAUCCGUUGCAAUGACAGAUGAGCGUUAUCGACUACUGGCAUCCAUUCCUCCGAGCUGGUUCCUACUGGGCAGUUUCACAAUGCUUACCAUCUCUCAUGCCCUGGCAGCUAGAUAGUGACAGCAGGAUACUGUCCAGAACUCUCCCUCUAGUGCAAUACCUGCAACUCUCUGGUUGUGCCAUAUCUACAUAUGUACUUAAUUUUGUCAUAGAUCAACGGGUAGGGCAGUCAUAUAGAGUAUUAAUGGGAUAAAGUGUGAUAUGCACUUAUCCAACUGUUGCUAGCGUCGGUUGUUGCAACACCAUAAUUGUAGCAGGAACAUUCUGUACUUAAAUACAACGCGGGAAAUUUGGUUCUUCACGUUAGAAUAGAAAAGCUGUAGACAGUUUCCUUCCUCUCCCCAAUGCUGGACUUGCCACUAGGAUAAUAACUUGGCACUUAGGGUCAAGAAAAUUUUGAAAAAUAAAAAUAAUAUAGCUACAAAGGAAAUAUAUUUGUAUUUUUAAAUUAUCAUAUUAUCUUGAUUUCUGCUAAACCAUGUCUGAAAAUGAAUGAAUGAUGGAAGUGUGCUGGUGUGUACAAUAUUGGUCUUCCCUGGAAGAUGGCACUUUUAGUAAUUUACACCAUAAAGGUUCCUGUGACAGGGAUGUACCCUGAAUAGAAACCUACUCUAAAGUCGUUAUUGAUGAGUAACACUGCAGCUGUUCUUUUUAUAAUAACCCUGGGUUCAAUCCUGUUCACAAAUUUUAUUUUGUAAAACCGUUAUAUAAAUUAGAUGAAAAUGUUAAUUUUAAUACCUUAGUAUCACAAUAAAGUAAAUUGAACUUUGUGAAAGAAAUCUGUAUCUGGAAUAAAAGUGUGAAAUUACUUUUUGAAAUUGCCUACAUACAGUAUUUAUUACACUGUAUUUAUUGGACAUAGAUACAGUGGGGAGAGUUGAAUCAAUGUGAAUGUUGGGUCUGAAAUCUGACUCUGUCACAGACUUGAUUCUUGGAAUCUGGAGAGUUUUGUAGUCUGGAUGUCUGUGAUGUCGAAUUGAGUUAAGAGUUCAUUUUGAGCUUCUUUGUUAUUAACUUUUUAAAAUCUCUUCAGACGAACAUGAGUCCAGACUCCAGGAGUCAAGUCUGACGGGAGUGUCAGAUUUCACAUGCUGCACAAAGUAGAAGAUGAACGAACGGUGAAAUGGAUAACUCAACAUUCACACAUUUAUUUGAGUUUUAACAAAAUCUGUAGAUAAGUUGAUCGGUUAACAGAAGUGCACUAUAAUAAUGAUAAAUUCUGAAUCAUUCCUGAAUUAACAUUUAUUCUGGCUAAAUUCAGUAUUUUUAUAAGAUGAAAAAAAUGGUUAGGUAAUUAAAUUUUGAUGUAAAUAUUACUUUGAAGGGUAUUUUUGACUUAGGAAUUAUUGUUAUAAUAAAACGAUAUCUAUUAUUUA